AGUAGCACUGUAUUGUUUGGUGAAGCUUUUCUUUUAGUUUGUAGCUUCUGUGCUGAGGGAAUUGGAUGGUUGUUUUGACUGGGUUUACUAUGUGUGCUUCAACAAUGUGGAUUUUAAGUUACUCUUUAGCAGUACUUUUAGCCCUUGGUGCUUGUGACUACGAUGAUAUUGCAACUGUUUAUGCAUACAGCCCUGGCAGCAGUGGAGGCCAUCUUGGAUCUAAUAAUCCUAGCCAGUCCAUGCAGGAGGUGAAACAAAGUGUCCUUGACUUUUAUGGUGGAAAUGUUGUAGCUGGGCCAGUCAGCAAAGAUAAAUGGGGCUUUGAGAUGGGAAGCUACAGCUCUCAGGCUGGAUCUUCAGGCGCUCCGAUGACAAGUGGAAAACCAGGGUCCGGUUCUCAUAUUGCAAGCAAACAAGGAUUUCAUGUUGAUUCAGUUGGAACUGGUAGUCUUGUUUAUGGUUCUGUGGGAAAUGCGGUGAAUAUGGGCAUGUCUGGAUAUGAUUCAAGUCAGUCAACUUCUGUCCAAGGCUCUGAAGUCACCAGUUCUUCUGUCCUGAGCCCAUUGCAGCAAAGCAGUUAUUCGGUUUCUAACCCAGUGCAGGUAGUUUCCUCAAUUCCACUUCAAAUUAGCAGUACGUCUGUGGUGAAGCCCAGCAGCCAACAGCUGGUGCAAACUAUUUCCCAGUCCAGCAAUGAGCAACCAGCAACUUCUGGAACCAUAGCCCAGUCUAGCCCUCUGCUGUUGUCCCUGCCCAGUGGCCAACAGAUAUUUCAGACUAGCUUCCAGUCUGCAGUGCCAUCUGGUAGAUGGCCCCUUAAACCUCUGAAAGGUAAACACCACCAUAAAACUGGUUCAAGGCCAGUUCACAAUGCACCAAUCAGCUCAAAACCUUCUAAAGCCUCACAACCCAGCUUAUCAAUAUUACAAUAUGGUGGUGUGCCAGAUAGCCUUGCUAUGGCUAGCUAUGAACUUGUGAGCCAGUCAGACAGCCAGCAAUCAGCCCAGCCCAGUGGCCAAAAUGUGAAUCAACCAGGCAUCAUACAAACUCCCAGUGUCAUUGACAUCUCUGUGGUCCAGCCCAGUAGCCAGCUGAUUCAACAGGCAGUUGAUACCUCUGUGGCCCAGGUCUCCAGCCAGCAGCUUUUACAAGGAGGUCAAUUGGUUUCCCAGUCAAAUAAUGUUCAGCCAGUAGAUGGAAGUUAUGUUUUUGUGGCUCAGCCAGGUGGACCGACUCCUCUCAAGCAUCACAAAGGUAAACCCCACUUUGGGUCUAAACUUUCCAGUACUAGUCCUCUCCAGACACUAACAUUUACUUCUGUAGAUCAGUCCAGUAGCCUAAAACCAGUACAAACCAUCAAUCAGUCUGGACCUCAAUUUGUUCAACAACCAGCACAAAUAAUCUACCAGUCUGCUAGCCAGCCCACUGUGCCACAAUUAGUAGAAGCCAUCUAUGAAUCAGAGACCCAGCCUGCUUCCCAACAACCAGCACCAGCUAGCUACCAGUUGGUGACUCAGUUGGGUGUCCAACAGCCAGCACAGGUCAGCUCAUCUGUAUCCCAACCAAGCCAUCUGCAAGCAGGACAGUCCAACUAUGAGUAUGUUGUCAACCAAAAUGGGCAAACCCUUUUCAAGCCAGUGCAGUCCCAUGGGAUUCAUCAGAUUGGCUCCAAACUUUAUUCAUGCCAUGAACUACCACAGCAUGGUUACAAGCGGAGGCAUCACUCUCCAUCUUCACACAGUCUUCCAAACGCAGCUCAGGUUAUCAAGCCCGUUUUGCCUAGUGACCCGAUUCCUGCUGAUUUAAACGUCCCUAGCCCCCUCACAUCUACUUUCAGACCAGCACAUCUUUCUGGACAUCCUAGCUUGCAGUCUGUUGUGCUUCAAAGUGAGCGGCCAGUUGUGCUAGAGAUCCAACCCAGUGGUUUGUCUCAUGCCAAGCCUGGACCAGUGAGUUAUACUUUAGUAUCUCAGCCCACUGGUCAUCCUUCAAGGCCAUUGCAGCAGCCUAGCUACCAGCCUCCAGCCAAGCUAUGGCAAAAUUUGUUUUUGCCCAUAGUAAAGCCAAACAAACUGGAGCUUUCCAGCUUUGAGGCACAAGUUCUCCCUAGCCAUGUGUCUUCUGUUCCUGUACAGUUUGUUUCCCAGCCUCAAAUGCUCCCAGCUAGUCUGUCUGUCACUCAUUCCAGCUUAUCCCCUGCUUUGCCAGUGCAGUCCAGCUAUCAGCCUCAGGUAGUGUCAAGUUCUGAGACUGUAUUCCAGCCUGUAUUGCAGACCUCUUCAGCGGUGGUGCCAUCAAGUUCCCAAACCUGGAGUACCCCAGUAGUUUCAAACUUUAAGUCGUUGUUACAAUCAGUGAAACCUGAACUUCCAAUUCCAGUCCUGUUGAAUUAUCAGACUGUCACAGAUCAAAAUGCUCCUGGACCUGCUGGAAGCAAUAGGCAUUCAUCAUGGAAGUUGCUUAAGCUGUUGCAACAAGUCAAGUCCUAGGUGUUUGUUUGCUGUUUCCUGAUUUAUGCUUGCUUUCUGAUGUCAAUAAAUUAUUGUUAAUGUA